GAGAAAAGAUAAGACCGCAAGGUAUUAUAGGGUGGUAUUUCCAGAAAACUCAGCAAACACAUUCGAUAACUCUUUGGGUCAAAGCACAAUUUUCGUGGGCCGUUCUCGCACAAAUCGCGAUGCAUAUCUAAAUCGCAACCUGUCACAGCACAUACACUACGUUUCGUUGUACCAGCUGGGCCAUUGUCAUUCUGAACUGGUUCUCGUUGAAACACGUGGAAUGGGUGCAAAGUUUCACGCUUUUGUUUUUCUAACAGUGGUCUCGUUAUGUUUUCCAGGCCUUCACAUUGUCAAAUGUAUAACGAGUAACGCGUCAUCUCCACCAUCUGCCAUACCAACAGGUUUGCCAGGACUUCCCCGGACAACCGCUGUCUCAACCCCUUCACUGCACCCUCUUCCACAACCAAAUCUUAUAGCCUUGUUGCCAAUAUCAAGCUCCACAGCUCAACCAACGCGGCCCACUGAAUCUGCGUUAUCGAGCACAUCCUGCUCAGCAGAUGUUAAAAUGAUCAAUCCAGCUCAUGCACAGCUGUUCUCAGGGGCCACUCCGCCCAAUUUGGAGCCAACUGCGCCUCAUCCGGUCAGCUUUGAGUCCGCUUGUCACCACGUGGCGAAAAACGUCUACGUCUAAGGAUACAUAGCGAGAAGCAAGAAGCACAAUUAGUUUGGAAAUAUUUUAUUUCAUCAAGUAAAUCAUUUGUACAUAUGUUCGUGCAUGUAUGAUAUCAAUGCACUUAAUGACAUUCCUAGAAAAUCAAAAAUGAUCAUACAUGCUCCUUUCUUUCUGCAAAGAAACUUUUCGAUUAAAGGGAAAAUACUUAUCUCGCACCUUACAUUUUUGUUUUCUUUCCAGUUUUACGGCGGUGGUGUCAAAUGAAACAACAUUUCAUUCUAUAGUAAGUUCGCCUCUAUACAAAAACUUUGUUCUGGUUCGAACGGCUCUCUCUGAUUUUGCAUGGUCGACUCUCUUGUGGUGGCAUUUUCAGAGUUUCAAACGAGGUAUUAAACAAGUCAGGCCAACUUUAAGUUCCUUCCUCAAGAAUUUGUAGCAAAUGUUGGUAUUAAAUACUUCUGUUACUACUAUCCAAAUCCAAAAAGGAGGGGUUUGGUACACUGAUUUACUCAGUGAAGGUUUUGAUCUCUAAUUCUGUUAAGAACCGCGUCAGAAAACUCUCGAUGCUUUGGGAACGAUCUAGAAAAAGGACCAGCAAAAUGUCUAGAGUUAUAAAUUACCCGAGGGUAUUGAUAGAUGUAGUGAGAUAUUGGGGUAACAGAUGCUGUUAUCCCAGGGAGAAAAUUUGCAGGAGAAAAUCCCACGUGGUUCCGUGUGGUAACCUGUAGAUGUGGAUUUGAUGAAAGAGGAUAUGGUGGAAUGAAAAAGGAGUUGGAUUCUCGAUGCGGAUGGUUGUGCACGUUUUGUUGAUAAGGGCCCCAGCUGCCAGCUGCUGCAAGUCGAACUUUAAAGAUAUUC